CCGAUGUGUCUCAUGUAAGAGAGAGAUGCAUCUAUCUCCAUAUUUAUUUUGUAAAUUUGUCGGUGAUCUGAAAUGGGCCGAGUCUAACCUAACGCCUUCCACUAAAACACGCAUGCCCUUAUCUGCUGCUAAUCAAAAGCCAAUCCACGCUCCUCCAUUUUUGUCCAUCUCUCUCUCUGAUCUCAGUUCGGGACUCGUUAGCAGGACACUUUACAAGACCUUUUAAUCAAUUUUCCUUCUCUCGCUUAUCUCGUAAAAUGGCAUCGAUGCAAACAAGCCUGGCGUCAUCUUUCUGCAGCAACAGAAAUCAAUGCCUCUCAACUUCUUUCCUUCAUGGGGUUGAGAUGAUCAACUGCCACGUUGCUAGCAUGAGAAAGAAGGAGAUUUCUCCUGCUUUUUCCUUGCGGCCCAAGGCUACGUUAACAUUUGAUCCCUCGACUGCCAAUCAAGACAAGGUUAUGCAGAGCAAGCACACAGCGGAUCCAAAUGCUCCUAAUUUUCUCCCCCUUCCAUCCUUUGAGGAAUGCUUCCCCAAGAGCUCCAAACAAUACAUGGAAGUGAUGCAUGAGCAAUCUGGUCAUGUUCUGCGAGUUCCGUUUAGGCGCAUCCACCUGUCUGGAGACGAACCACAUUUUGACACCUAUGACACUAGUGGUCCACAAAACAUCAGCCCACAAAUUGGACUCCCCAAAUUGCGCAAGGACUGGAUUGAAAAAAGAGAAAAAAAAUCGUGCGGGCCAAGGUACACUCAAAUGUUCUACGCCAAGCAAGGCAUAAUAACUGAGGAAAUGGCCUUCUGCGCGGCCCGCGAAAAGCUCGACCCGGAAUUCAUCCGGGCCGAAGUCGCCCGUGGCCGCGCAAUCAUCCCUUCCAACAAAAACCACCCGGAACUCGAGCCCAUGAUCAUCGGCCGCAACUUCCUGGUCAAAGUCAAUGCCAACAUCGGCAACUCGGCCGUCGCCAGCUCAAUCGAGAACGAAGUCCACAAGCUCCAAUGGGCCACCAUGUGGGGAGCGGACACCAUAAUGGACCUCUCGACCGGCCGCCACAUCCACGAGACCCGGGAAUGGAUCCUCCGCAACUCCCCCGUGCCAGUCGGGACGGUCCCCAUCUACCAGGCUCUUGAGAAAGUCGACGGCGUGGCCGAGAAUCUGACGUGGCAAGUCUUUAAAGACACUCUAAUCGAGCAGGCCGAGCAGGGCGUCGAUUAUUUCACGAUACACGCCGGUGUACUGCUCCGUUACAUCCCGUUGACCGCGAAAAGGAUGACCGGGAUCGUUUCUCGUGGGGGCUCGAUUCAUGCUAAGUGGUGUUUGGCCUAUCACAAGGAGAAUUUUGCGUACGAGCAUUGGGACGAGAUACUCGAUAUCUGCAAUAAGUAUGACGUGUCGCUGUCGAUAGGGGACGGGUUGAGGCCUGGCUCGAUUUACGACGCGAACGAUACUGCUCAGUUCGCAGAACUGUUGACUCAGGGAGAGUUGACUCGUCGGGCUUGGGAGAAGGAUGUGCAGGUAAUGAACGAAGGCCCGGGACAUAUUCCGCUCCACAAGAUCCCGGAAAACAUGCAGAAGCAACUCGAUUGGUGUGCGGAGGCUCCUUUCUACACUCUCGGCCCACUCACUACUGAUAUUGCCCCUGGCUAUGACCAUAUCACCUCUGCCAUUGGGGCCGCGACAAUUGGCGCUCUCGGGACAGCUCUCCUAUGCUAUGUGACCCCUAAGGAGCAUUUGGGCCUUCCAAACCGAGAUGACGUCAAGGCUGGUGUCAUUUCCUACCGAAUCGCGGCCCAUGCUGCGGACCUUGCCAAGGCCCAUCCACUGGCCCAAGCCCGUGACGAUGCCCUUAGCCGGGCCCGAUUUGAGUUUCGUUGGGCUGACCAGUUUGCGCUCUCCCUUGACCCGUCGACUGCAAUGGCUUUUCAUGACGAGACGCUUCCGGCUGAGGGGGCGAAGGUGGCGCAUUUCUGUUCCAUGUGUGGGCCCAAGUUCUGCUCGAUGAGGAUUACGGAGGACGUGAGGCGGUAUGCGGAGGAGCACGGUUAUGGGGUGGAUGUGGAGGAAGCUUUGAAGGGAGGUAUGGAGGCUAUGAGUGCUGAGUUUUUGGCUGCGAAGAAGACGGUUAGUGGGGAGCAGCAUGGGGAGGUGGGUGGGGAGAUCUACUUGCCCGAGGAGUACGUGAAGUCCGCGAGGAGUUAGGAAAGGCCCCAAGCUCCACUAUACCAUCUACCAAUCUCGAGGUGUUCCACAGUUUGCCAAAGUCGAGAUGCACUAUCUAGGUAACUAAAAUAAGCAUCCUUCAAGUUUGUUGAGCACCUCGUGUGAAACACGAUAUUUUCAUUUGCUUGUUGUUAUUAAAACAAAAACUUAAACUUUUAUUUGGAUGGUUUCUGUAUUAGUCGAUUUUCCUAUCUACUCGUUUAUUGACGAAAAAAUGCACCGGGGGUGUCUGUAAUCUGCUCGAGUGCUGGCCCACUGGGCCAAUACUCGAGCAAUUUCAGGCUGAGAAAGUCCCUUUGAACCUGAACAGGAUAAUGCCUGCGUAGGGAGUGUGCUCUCUUUCUUUUUUGUUGUGUGCUUGCACAGGGCAGGGCUGAAGAUUGAUUUGUCUGGGCUUGGCAGCUUCAUAUGCACACGUAAAAAAUUAAUUCUAGCUUGUUAAAGUAUUUUUUCAUGUGUGUCUGAGUUUCGGAGUUUUAGUAUAUUGGUAUAUCUAACUCAGAAUUAAAACAAACGGGUACGUGGAAUGAGUUGCAUUAUGGAGGCAUGCAAGUGAGAGAAAUAGUUGAAAAGGUUGUUCCAGUAUAGUUAUCAGUAGAUUUUCAUGCACAAAAUUAAGGUGAUGUCUUGGAAGAAAAGAUGAGAUGUACACAGUGAAAAAAAUGUGCUCUGGAAAGGAGAGACCACAUAACUGAUUGUGCUGAGUUUAUAUAAAUCGGCCAGUUGAUCCCAAGCAAAAUUGCAGGAUUUGGCACUUUAGUCUUUACCUGCCUAGCAACAUUGAUUAGAAAUCUGGGUUGGACUAGCUGGUUCGACAGGUCAUCGGUCUAGUCUUUUUUUUUUUUUUUUUUUU